AUGCCUCCUGAUCGACCCUUACCGUCGCGGAAGGACUUCACCUCCAAGUCACUCGUUCGACUUCCCAUUUCUUCCUCCCUAGGGAGCGUGUGCAGUAUCUGCCAAGAAGUCUUCAACGAAGAUCAUGAGCCAGUAUGUCUCAAACCCCGUGGUCACGUCUUCGGCCGGGAAUGCAUCCUAGUAUGGCUCGAUAGCGGGAGACCGAAUGCGAACACUUGUCCCAUGGACCGCACGGAACUAUUUCGUAUCCCAGCAUCAGAAGCCGCUCUUACGACCCGCCCACGCCGCAACGCUCAAACAUCCAUAACCCCCACCCAAGGCGGCGAAAUCACCGGUGUAAAUGGCACUCUUACCAACGCAGGUUGUCGGCGCGUUGUCCUCGAGCUCUGGUACGAAACCUGGGGCUUCUUCCGGGAUGCUGAGAUGCGGGAGGUGGAUGCACUGUCUGUCGAUGAGGGCGUGCUAAGGGGGGUCAUUGACGGUGCAAUUCCGAGGGGAAUGGAGGUGCCCCAGAGGGCUUGGGGGGUGUUGGUGAGCAUUGGGAGGCAGAUGCUAGCCAUGCAUAGUGAGGCAGAGAGAGGGAGUGACGCGCUAUUGCGCAGUGAGUUAUUGGCGUGGGCGGGCGAGUUGGGGAGGGCGGGGAUUGAGAUAUUGGAGAGCCGACAGAGGACAUGA